AUGGCUUUCCCCUUCUGCCAUCUCCGUGGCCUCGCCAGAUGCGCUGGAGAGUCAUCGCGCCAUCCUCUCGGUCGUCGCUCAUCUCAUGUCACUUUCGGUUCUCGAUACCUCACCACGCGGAGCGACCCUCCACCACCCUCCCAGAAGCCUCCAGCUAUCCACAUGAAUCGGUCCAUGAAAAAGCCUUCCAGCAAUGUACUCCGUCCACCACGAGUCCCCACCUUCGACUACAAACUCAAUCCCCAAGGCAGUACCCACACCAAACCGAAGCUCGUCUGCACGUCCGACUCUAUUGAGAUUGACGAUCUUUUGCGGACGUUUGGCGGGAAUGUGUUGGCGGUGGAUAUCAAGUAUCCGUCGGAGCUCGUCAAGGAGAGGGAAAGGGGAGCGGUACAAGGGCCAAAUCAGGGCUGGUAUAAGCAGGGACGGACGACGAUGGUUGCUAUUGGCGGCAAGAACUUGAUCUUGCUGGUGCCAAUAGGGCCUAAUGAUGAUAUUCCCGAUGGUAUCGUCCGCCUCCUCACCACUCCCAGCAUCUUCAAAGUCGGCGGAAACAUCCUCAAGACGUGCAUGAAGAUCCACCGCGACUUUCCUCAUCGCUUUACACCCACUAGCCGCCCUCAGAAGCUGCUUGAUCUCGCCGGAAUGGCGCAAGAUAUCCAUCCGCAUAACAAGACGUGGCUGGAAGGUAUUCGGAUGACGGUAUCGGCGAUGUGUCAGGUGUAUAUCGGGAAGGCGUUGACGAAGGAUCCGUCGACGAGGAUGGAAGACUUUUGGGGAGGGCCUGUGACUGAAGAGAAGAUCGAUUAUGCGGCUAAUCAUGUUCAUGCGACUUACAUCAUCUUCCGAAAGAUCCAGGAAAUGGCCUUCCAAAGAGGUCUUGUCCUCGAUCCAAACAGGUACCUGAAAGCGGUCGAAUUGCGGUUCAAAAGACAUAGAGAUUCAAACUGA